AUGAUGAACUCAACACAAUUCACGUCAUUUAUGCUAGCUGGAUAUAGUGACAUUGGACACUUAAAGUACUUGUAUUUCAUUACAAUAACUGUGUUAUACGUCUCCAUAGUUUUUGCAAACACAGUGCUUAUUGUGGUUAUAUGUAUGGAGAGAAGCCUUCAUGAACCAAUGUAUCUGUUUCUGUGCAGUUUGUUUGUAAAUGACUUGUAUGGGAGCACUGGUUUGUUUCCUGCUCUCAUGACUCAUUUGGUUUCAGAUGACCAUACAGUUUCCACUGUGUGCUGUUACCUACAGAUAUUUGUCUUGUACACAUAUGGAUCUAUUGAAUUCAGCAAUUUAGCAGUCAUGUCCUACGACAGGUACCUUGCUAUAUGUUCUCCACUACAGUAUAACGUCAUCAUGACACCCAGCAAGGUGUGUAUUUUAAUUUGUGUAAUAUGGUUGUACACUUUUGCAAAAUUCAGCAUAAUACUGUCUUUAACUAUUCGUUUGCGAUUGUGUGGGAACAUUAUGGACAAAGUGUAUUGUGACAACUACCUGGUAGUAAAACUUGCCUGUUCAACUUCAGACACGACAGUUAAUAACAUCUAUGGACUCUACAGUAUUGUUUUGUCUAUCGCUUUCCCUUUAAUUACUAUUGUGUUCUCGUAUAUUAAGAUUCUGACUAUUUGUUUGAAAUCUUCCAUCGAGACCAGACAGAAAGCUUUCAGAACCUGUACUCCUCAUCUGGCCUCGCUGCUCAACUUCUCUUUCGGCUGUUUGUUAAAUCUGCUCCAGAGUAGAUUUGAAAAGUCUAUGAGAAAUGUUCCAACUGUACUUCACACUAUUUUAUCAGUGUACUAUCUGAUGUGCCAGCCACUUUUAAAUCCUAUUGUGUUUGGAGUUAGGAUGACUAAAAUCAGACAGGCUUGUAAAAACAUACUACCUGUAGCGCUGGCGCUUCGCACGCUGUUCCGAAGAGGUCUGCGAGAGGAGGGUCAGACAGAACUGGCAUGUCGGUACAACAACCGCACCCUGGACGCACUCAUUGCGAUGGCCACCCGCCUGGAUAACCUUCUCCGGGAGCGUCGGCAUUCUCAUCACUUCUCUCCCUCCUUCGGCGAGUACUCGCGAUCAGAGCCUCAACCCAAGGAGGUAGGGGUCACAACGCAGACGGAUACAGCUGGGGCUAUGUCUGUACUGUGGGCAAGGAGGGCACAAGCUCCAGCGGUGUUCGGUCUCGACUGUCGGCCAUUAGGAUCUGGGACCAUCACACACAUCACUCAACCACUCACCCUCACCGUGGAGUCCAAUCACCAGGAGAGCCUCUCCUUCUUCAUGACGUGCACCAGUUCACAAAAUCAUCCUCUGCCUCCCUUGGCUCCAACCCCAUAA